AAUGCGGAGUACGGUGGCCGUAAUUGGGCUGGGAAAGUCUAUGUGUUCCGGAGUAAAUGCCUGGUCGGCCAGCCUGGUCUUGGCACUUGGCUUCUUCUUGUUUCGGUUUUGCCCACAGAGAGAUGGGCAGUCAGAUUUCGAGUCUCCGCGGAGGCCGCUGGCCAUGAAAGGCGAGCAUUCGGCAGGGAGCAGCUCAGCACCUGCCAUUGCACAGGAAAGGCUUGGCGCGGGAGGGGGCUGUCCGCCUGGACCCUCAGAUGUGGCUUCUGAAACUUGCUGAGAUUUUCCUAACUUCAAGUCUUCAUAUUCUGUUGUCAUGGGUCUUCUGGAAUCCAGGGUGCUCUCCUUCAUACACUUCUAGUUAUUGCCUUUGUGACAAGUACCAGAUGCUGACCAUGCAUGAUCUUGAUUCCUCUUUCACAACUUUUUCGUAACCUGGAGGAUUGAGUACCAAAGUGAAAAUCCAUUUAUACUUGCUGCCUUCCAGAUGUUUGGGUUCACAACUUUUGGAAAUCCUUAUCAUUGGCCUUACUGGCUGGGGCUGCUGGGAUCUUAUCUUCAUUAGACAUGUGGAUUUUUGUAGAAGUUCAUUGCUAUGGACAGUGCUAUCACCUUGUGGCAGUUCCUUUUGCAACUUCUUCAGGAAUCUCGAAAUAAAGACAUUAUUUGCUGGACCUCAAAUGAUGGAGAAUUCAAACUUUUGCAAGCAGAAGAGGUUGCCCGCCUUUGGGGAAUCCGUAAAAACAAGCCCAGCAUGAACUAUGACAAACUCAGUCGUGCACUCAGAUAUUAUUAUGUAAAGAACAUCAUCAAAAAGGUUAAUGGUCAAAAGUUUGUUUACAAGUUUGUAUCUUACCCAGAGAUAUUGAAUAUGGAUCUGCUGGUUGUUGGCAAGAUUGAGGGUGAAGCUGAGGCAGAGGCUGGCUUUGUUGAUACUAGCAACUCUAUGAAGGACAUUGAAACUUAUGGGAAAGAAAAGCAUCAGGCCAGUGUGAAAUCCUCCAGUCGCAAUGACUAUAUCCACUCAGGCCUAUAUUCUUCAUUUACUUUGAACUCUCUUAAUUCCUCCUCUCGUACAAAACUGUUUAAGAUGGAGAAUUCAGCUGAGAAGCUGACAGAAAAAAGAACUCAGGAUUCAACACCUUCAGUCAUAAAAUUUGUAACCAUGUCCUCCAAAAGGCCUUCUGUAUCUCCCCUUGCCUCAGCUACUCAACUGACCUCUACUAUCUCAGCUGCCUCUAUCGUACCUUCAGGUUCAAAUGAAAGCCUCCAGGCCUUGGAAUCUCUAGCAACAUCUAAAGGUGCAGCCACUGAAAGUUCAGCAUCUUUGACCUCUAAUUUUAAUUCUACAUCUCCUGCAACCUCCACAUCUCCUAGUCUCCGGGUUCCACCCAAAUCUCCUUUGCCACCGUUAAGUUCUAAUUCUGAUCUGGUUGUAGACACAGAAACUGAGUCUGUAGUUGGCCAGCAGUUAGAGCACUUUCAGAAUCACGUCUUGGAGGGUAAAGAGAUGAGUUCCUCCAUGUUUGAAAAGAAUCUUCGUCAUAGCAGAACUAGAAAGCCCAAAGGACUGGAGAUUACUCCCACUCUGGUUAUUACUGGAAGUGAUCCCAGUCCACUGGGAAUACUGAGUCCUUCUCUACCAACUGCUUCUCUUACACCAGCACUUUUUUCACAGACACCCAUUUUACUGACACCAAGCCCCUUGCUCUCCAGUAUCCAUUUUUGGAGUACUCUCAGUCCAGUUGCUCCUCUCAGUCCAGCAAGAUUACAAGGUGCUAAUACCCUCUUCCAGUUUCCAUCAGUGCUGAAUACUCAUGGACCAUUUACUCUGUCGGGAAUGGAUGGGCCUUUCACUCCUGGCCCUUUCUCCCCAGAUUUGCAGAAGACUUAACAUACAGCCUUUUUGAAAAUGGACAGCUUGGACUAAAAAGAGAAGAGGUUUUAUUAAAAAUGGUGCAAUCCAGGUUUUAAAACACAGUUUUUAAUUCCAUAGAGACAAUUUACUUGGUUUUUGCUAUUCCCAGUUCAGAUGCCUUUGCAAAAUUCUCUUUAAGACAUAUGAGAAUUCAUAAGGAAGUGCCUUAAUUGUGGAGAUUCUUCUCCAGAGUUUCUAUCUCCCCUUACUGCUUCUUUUGAAUGAAGAAGGCUUCUUUUAACAAAGAACACAUUUUUGUAUUAUAAUGAGGUAUUGGAGAGAACAGCCAACUGAUAUCAGAUGGUUUUUGACUGAUAUCCUUCCAUUCCUUUGCUUUUUGUUUUUUAUGUUAAAAUAUGAUUUCAUGGAAGCUGGCAUUCCAAGAAAUACUUGGAAAGUGAAUAAGAAGAUUUAUUUUUUACAAUGAAUUCCAAUGACCUUAAAAGGUUUUAGCAUUGCAACUUAUAGUAGUGUAGAGUUGAGCAAAAAUUUUAAGAAUGGUUGCUAUGGAUAAGAAAGCUCUUUUUUCUUUGGCAAAAAUUGUCAGUUCAUCCUCACAUAAUAGUAUGGUAUUGUGUAUGCUUGAAUGGCAUAGUUCUGCAUAGAUCAUGGAUUGAAUUGCUUUGAUCUUCCCAAAAUAUUUAAAGGUGUUAAUAUUUGAUAAGCCAAGUCAGGAAAAAUAAAAGUAAAUCCCUUGUUGUUUAAUAAACAAUUUAGCAGAUUGAACUAAUUAAAGAAACUGGCAGUGGAUUUAUGGUGGCACUGAAUUAAUAAGCAUUUAUUUGACAUGCAGUGGGUUAUUUUUGUCUUGCUUCUUGUUAAUAUUGUAUGUAAGUGUGACAUUUGGGGAGUGAACAUUUAUUGUUUGUUCUUUCUCCCUCUUUAAGAGGGAAAGAGACAUACCUUCUCUUGGCCACCUGCAUAUCUAGGUGUUCUUUGAAAUAUAAGUAGAUUGAAGUUUUGAAUAUUCAAGCCUUUAAAAUUAGAAGUGUGCCAUUAUUAGAAAGUAUUUUGAUUAAAUGUUUGAAACUAGAGGGGGAAAGCACAAAGUGGCACAUGCUGUUUGAAAUCUAAAAGGAGUAAAAUGAGGUUUUAGCCUGUACUUAAUCUUGUGGGAAGAUAUUUAUUGGAUAACAACUUUAGCAUGAUGAUAGUUGAGACUUCUUUGCAAACAUAUGGUAACAUAAUGAUGACUUGCUAAAGUGGGAGGCUUAUUUGGGGGCCUAGAAAGUGAAAGUAAAAUGGAUAGAUCUAACACCACUAAUAGUAGUUAUCCCUCAGUUGAAUUUAAAGAAGAUUCACUCUUUCUACAUAAUAUUUAUAUUCAGGCUUUGCUAUAUUUCAGAAAACACUCUAAAUCUUGUCGCUUCAAUAGCUUGUUAGAAAGUUGAAGUAGAUAUCAGUAAAGCAUUAUAAUCCUUUUUUCUUUGUCGAGGUGGGCUUGGUUUGAAAACGGCGAUCAACCUGUGGGUUUUGAUUCAUAUACUUAUUCUGAACAGGCCUCAGAAGUUGAUUGGUAUGCAGUAGUGCCUCAGGAUAACAUAACAGACUAAAGUAGGAGACAUUUGCUGAUUUGUCUGCAUUAAACUGUAUUUGGUGCCCUUGACCAGGCAGGGAUUCAAAAGGCCCACUCCUAUCUCUUCUUGUACCUAAUUGAGUAUAUGGUGAUCUAUUUCAGUAUAGACAUGCAAAACAUUGAUGGCAGGUAGCAAGAGAGAGUCAGUUUGGUUUAGUGGUUAGAAAUCUAGAAAGAAGAUGUGUCACCUUAUCUAUUAAAACCAAUUGGGUGAUCUUGGGCCAGUCAGUCUCUCUCUCUCUCAGGCCAACUUACUUCAAGGUUUGUUGCUUCUUCGUAAAAAUUAUAAAGGUGGGAUUUGUUGUUGCUAAGUUGUGUCUGACUCCUUGUGACCCCAUGGACCACAGCAGCCAGGUCUCCUGUCCUCCACUAUCUCCUGGAGUCCUUCCAAAAUUACACUCAGUGUGUUGCUGGCACUAUCUAACUAUCUCAUUCUCUGCUGAUUCCUUCCCCCUUUGCCUUCAAUCUUUCCCAACAUCAGGGGCUUUUCCAAUGAGUCCUCGCUUCUCAUUUGGUGGCCAAAAUAUUUAAGCUUCAGCUUCAAAAUGCGUAAGUAAAAAUAAACAAAAAAGUAGAUAACUUGCAUUCUUAGAAAGGACUGGCAGAUUCCAAUUAAAUGUUAAAAAAAUAAUAUCUGAUGGACUGAACCAUUUGCAUGGAUGCUUCAACACCUAGACUUUCUCAGCCAGCAUUGGUUGGGAAAUUCUUGGGGUUGACGUCCACACAUUUGAAAGUUGCCAAGGUUGAGAAACACUGGCCUGAAUGGCUUCUGCUUUCCUUGGGAGUCUCCCUUUUCCAGCAUUGUGCUUUCCUAUGUCGUACAAGGAGCAACUGGUAAUAAUACAUGUAUUUAGGUUUGCAAGUGAACCAAAACUUAGAUCCUCCUGAAAGUAGUUUGUUUAUCCUAGUUUCACAAGCUAGUCCCAAUAUUCUCAGAAAAAAAUGUUCUGCUAUAAACCACUGCCCUUCUUAUGCUAAGAUCUAGGUAUAGCGUUUCCGUUUUUAGUGACUUAACAGAACUGUCUUUUUAUUUUACGGGAGAUUUAGGUGUAGAGAAAUUUUGAAUUUCUCUCUUCUUGCUUCAUCAUCAAUAAAUUAUUUUUUAUUUAAGAAUGAGCUUUGGGAGCCAGAACGGGAGGUGACUACUAUAUUUGGUAUGGAAGAUAACAGCCUUUAGCCAAUACAUAGCUGCAUUACCUAGAGAAGCUUCCCUCUAUAUUAAAAAAAACAAAAACCCCACCACAUUCCCAGUUGCAAACUUUUCUGUGAUUUAUUUAGAGAGAUACUUUAUACUGGUCUACUUCCAGUAGACCUGCUAUUUUCUUUUUUUAAUUUCAUAUGCUUACAUUUUGUAUAAAUUUUUUGUUCUAUUGCAACUGUUCACCUAGAUACUUCAUUGCUAUUUUACUACAUUUAGUAAAUGUGAAAACUCUACUCUGACUAUCGAGGAUGGAGGAAAUGCAGGUAGAGAGAGAGUAAAGGGUUAACCUCCAUUUUACACCCCAGAUAAUAUAGAAUAUUUUAAUUUCCAGAUCUAGAUUUUAUUUUGCUUUUCAUGUAUGAUUUCUUUAAUUGUGUUAGAUAAUAAACAUUUUCAUGUUUUCAGCUUCUAGAUCAUGUUAACAAACACAUUAGUCAGAUGAUAUCUUACUUAGAUAUGAUUACUGAUUAAGAAAUAUCUGGUACUUUAUUAACUUUUCUUAAUGCUGUAUUUUCUUUACCUGAUAAUUAGAGAAAACAAUGAUCUCUACAUUUAUCUUUACAAUAUUAUUUUAUAUGUUAGCAUGAAUUGAUAUUCAUAGGUUUUUACCUAAUCAGUUAACGUUUGGACAAAUGUUGAGACUCCUAAAUAAUUCAUUAUAUAAAAUUUUUGCUACUCUUCUAUUGCAUUUUUAUAUGUAAUCACAUAUAAACAAUAAUUCAUUCAAAAGAUCUCAAUAGCCUGUCCAGAUUAUACUUGUUAGAGCUCUAUGUUUUUAAAGGGAAUACUAAAUUGGAUAUUACUUUUCAAGAAUUAAUGUAAGCAGUGAAAAUUUUAUCUUUCACAAACUACAUUUGUGAAAUAUCCCUUCUCCACCUCGUAACUGGUAUGAAAACAGAUUGUGAGAGGUCCUAAAGUAAAUAUUAAUGUGAGGAAAUGCCAAAGAACUUUUAAUUCUCCUUUGCUGUCAUGCUAAUGUUUUGUGAAUGUAAAUCAGUGACAUUUUAAUUUAAUAACCAAAUACUUCCUUAAGCUUGUUGAUAUUUCCAAAUUUUUGUUUAGAAAGAAGCAUUAGGAUAAUACUCAUGGUACUGGAAAAAAGUGAGGUAUAGGUCUUAAGGGCUAGAGUACUUUUUCAAAAUAAAAACUGGCAUUAACUAUCAGUAAUUAUCAGUGAGUGAGUCAAGCUGGUGUAUGUUUACUUGAGUCCCACUGAUUUUAAUAAAUAUGAAUAUGUUAUAGAACAUAGCCAUCUUGAAGAAGUUAAAAGUGAUAAAGCUGGUUUUAUGGCUCUAGAUCAGAUGUGAUGUGACCAGUCUGCUGGUUGUAUGUGGCCCCUGGCAAACCCAUAAGAUAAUAAUAAAUAUUAAAAAAUAAAGGAACUUUGUUAUUUAUAUACAGUAAUUAUAUUAUAUAUUUUAUAUGCAGUCCAAGACAAUUUGUCUUCACUCAAUGCAGCCUAGGCAACUAUGGUUGGAAAACUUCUCUAGAUCACACAUGUCAAACUCAUGUCACGUUGCCGUUAUGUGACAUAUCGUGACAUUUUUUCCCUUCGCAGAGCUGGGAUGGCCUAUUCAACGGCAUCUAGCCGUUGACCAUUAGAUUGACGCUCCUGCUCUAGACUCAUUAAUUAGGAUUUGCACUAAUGCUAAGAGUAUCUUGACUUUUUCUUUGAAUAGCUAUUUGCUUUUUAUUUCCAGAAAAAAAAUGCUUCUGAAAGUAGCUCAAAAUGCUACUAUCAAGACUUGACUGAUCUUGACAAAAUCUGAACAUAUGUCAGACUAUGGAACUGCUGCCAUGAUAUGGUAGUUGCUGAGCAUUGUUUAAGAGUUUUCUUUUCAGAUCACUCUUACAAUGCUUUGCAAUGUUAUUAAUCAGAGUGAUGAAGCUAAUUCUAUUGCUUGGAGAAAUUGAUACCUAAGGCAAUAUUUUGUAGAGUUAAACAAUUGUAAUGAUAUUCAGAUUGUUUUAUUAAACGUGAUUGAAAGGUACUGCACUUUAUGGCUGCAGUUUUUAAAAUGAGUUGCACAUUCAGGGUUUCUAAUACUAUAGAUCAUUGUGUCAUAUUUCUCUAUUUAUUAAAACAUAAUUUUGAACCUAUCAUCAUUUUCUCCAAAAGUAUCUUAAACCAAUUUUCUAAUGAUGAGUUAAAGGGUAGCAUUACUCAUACAACUGGGUCUGUCAUAUAAAUAACCUGAAUGGUUGAAAUAGUUGUUACCAUAUGAAUGUAUCUUUGCUUGAAGCAGCUUUUUUACAUUUGCAAAUGAAAUAUUUUAUUUAAUUGGUUUAGUAUCAUUUAUUUUCACGCUGUUGAAAAAACAUUGGCUCAAAAUAAGAUUUCUGUGUAAUGAUAAACCUCCAAAGUUGUAUAAUUAGUGCAUUCUUCAUUGUGAGCCUUAAUUUGGAAUCAUUUUGCAGAGAUUAUUAGAAAAAAAAAAUCUGUGGAUUUCACCAAAGAUUUUACUAGUCCACAAUCAGUCACAAUGUACUAGGAAGACCAGAAACACAGCUUUAAGGUAAUAUGAGGUUGAGAAGUGGAAUUGAGAGGAAGGUCCAAUAGAUAUGCCGCUUUGGACUCUUGAAAGAAACGUGAAAUAUAAAUAGAUUUCAUUGUGGCCCUCAAUUAUAACUGAAUACCCAGUUAUUCUUGUCCCAAUUUUACUGUAUCCCAUUUCAAAGCCAUCUUAAACUCUGAUAUGGAGCAAGUUCCUUAAUAUUACUUGUGCACUGCAUUAAUAACUGGAAGUUUUUAUUUUAAAACUGUCUUCAUAUCUUGUUUUAUUUUUUGUCUUUAAAUAAAAACUCUCUUUAGUAUGCCUUGUGUAAUUAGGGAAGAAGUAACAAAGUUUUCCAAUAGAUCCUUUAAGCUGCAAUAUUUUGUUUUUGGUAGUGCUUUAAGUUUAGUUGAUAUUUGGUAUCUCUCUGUUCAGCUGCACAGAAUUUUAAAUACUAGAAAUAUUAGAAUAACAAAAUACUUGCUAAAACGUGUAUGAGAAAGCCUCUUCUUCUAAAUCCAGUAACAAUGUUUGCAUUUUAAUGUAGUUACCAAAUGAUUUUAUGUACACAUAGUGGUUGUGAAGAGGUUUUUUUUAAUAUUGUUUCUAUUCACAGUUGACAUGUUCAUGCAUGUUGUAAGAAUAUACAGGGGAAAAUCUAGGUGGUGGAGGAGUGGAAGAAAUUAGACUAGGCCUUGAUGUAUAUGUUGAUAUAACAAGCUUUUUUCAGAAAUGAAAGCUGACACAAUUAAAUAUUGUUGAAGUACUUCAAGUGCUUCACAAAUGCUUCUGCUAGAAUGCUGUUUGGCUAGUACCUACACUGCAACUGCAAUUAGUGGAGUUCUCUGUAAGGGAUUGGUAAUCAUGAAACCUACUAUGGAAUCUCUGGCUUAUGUUGAUGAAUGAAAGCUACUUUGUCCGAUUUGCUCUGGUAUUUGCGAGUGUUCCUGCAAUUGCCAUUUUAGUUUACAAACAUGUACAGCACUUGGUUUUUGUUCUUUUCUAUUUCAGUGAUUACUUUCCUAGAAUAUUAUUUUUGCCCAUCAUAUAUACUGCAGACAAAAGUGGAAUUAUCUUAUUUUGGAGAUGAUAAUCCACUAUGAUGGUUAGUCCAGAAAGAAUGAGAGUGGGUGAGGCCAGGUUCUUGAGCUUUUUCUUAGUGCAAUUGCCUAGUGGAAAACCUUCACAGCUUCCUGUGAUCUUUGUGGGGCCUUUAAAGGAUAUAAAAAUCAGUUCUAGCUUCUCUUCCCUCAUCCUAUGCCCUUAGGUAAAUUCUCAUGGGUUUGGAUGUAUUCUGCAAUACCUAUAUUGGUACAUCUAUGGGAUGGGUUGGAAAUAUUAAGGAUUUCUUAAUAUUUGUCAGACGUUCAGCCUUUUGCCACAAGACUCAAGUGAAUUUAUCUAGGGAAGUGUAGCUUCUUGUUC